AUGAGAGUAGAGGUGGCGGCGGCUGGACCACAGGAGGAGACGGCGGCUACAGCAGGAGGCGGCUACCAUCAGGAGGCGGCUACCAUCAGGAGGCGGCUACCAUCAGGAGGCGGCUACCAUCAGGAGGCGGCUACCAUCAGGAGGCGGCUACCAUCAGGAGGCGGCUACCAUCAGGAGGCGGCUACCAUCAGGAGGCGGCUACCAUCAGGAGGCGGCUACCAUCAGGAGGCGGCUACCAUCAGGAGGCGGCUACCAUCAGGAGGCGGCUACCAUCAGGAGGCGGCUACCAUCAGGAGGCGGCUACCAUCAGGAGGCGGCUACCAUCAGGAGGCGGCUACCAUCAGGAGGCGGCUACCAUCAGGAGGCGGCUACCAUCAGGAGGCGGCUACCAUCAGGAGGCGGCUACCAUCAGGAGGCGGCUACCAUCAGGAGGCGGCUACCAUCAGGAGGCGGCUACCAUCAGGAGGCGGCUACCAUCAGGAGGCGGCUACCAUCAGGAGGCGGCUACCAUCAGGAGGCGGCUACCAUCAGGAGGCGGCUACCAUCAGGAGGCGGCUACCAUCAGGAGGCGGCUACCAUCAGGAGGCGGCUACCAUCAGGAGGCGGCUACCAUCAGGAGGCGGCUACCAUCAGGAGGCGGCUACCAUCAGGAGGCGGCUACCAUCAGGAGGCGGCUACCAUCAGGAGGCGGCUAGAGCAGGAGGAGACGGCGGCAGCUUGAGCGAAGGAGGAAGCGGCAUUAGUUCGAGCAGAGGAGAAGACGGUGGCUGCAACUAUUGA